UCAUUUUUGAGUUGUCCCACUUUAGCUCCAAAAUGAGUGAAUUUUCUGACCGUGCAUGUUUCCAUAUGCAUAUGCAACCUAAAAUAAGAGUUAGGGAGGAAUCUUAUCUUUACCAACGAGGAUUUGCGUGUGUUAAAACUUUCUAUCGCAUUUUAUCGCGCCCCUCAUUUUCCGUACCACUGUUAUCGCAAUGGUAUAAAACUUGGUUCGCCUGGUUCAGUCUGUAGCUAGUUAUCCCGAAACCUGUACCAAGUUCAGAAAGAGUGAUCAGUUCGAAGUGAAACCAUAUUUUGAUGAUUAGUGCAAAAACGAUUUACAAUUAUCGAGCAACGUGUGACUGGGCCGAAUUUAGAAUACAAUUACAAGAUGACAUCAACACACAGCCAGAAGCAAAACCCCUUCAAACCAAUGGUCUACGUGGACGAACAACAACCAGGACCUUCAACUGGAAAUGUAUCCUCGAGUUUACCGAGCUACAUUCAUAUGGAUUCAUCCGAGGUAUCUUCCCUUUCAAAAAUGUUCACAUGGUGUGGAAGUCGGACAAGUCAUGGUUUCGCAUAUGAGAAAGACCUUGCUUUUACGUUAUUCGUUGCUGCAUCUCUCGAAGAUCGUCGGUUCCGCCUGGCAACGGAAAUGAAGGAGGCCGGUAAGUUUGAUGACACUGUGCUGAUUUUGGACGAUCGGAAGGAAGUAUGGUUCUUUCAAGCCAAGCACAGUCAGUCAUCGAAAGCCAAAAUUGAGUACAAAGAGUUUUUCCCUUCAAGUUUUGAAGAGAACAGCCAAUUUUCCCUGCCAAUGUACAUCCAAUCGUUCUUGAAUGUUUCGAAACGAAGUGAGCUCAGGAAUUAUACCAAGCGAUUUAUUAUCUUUACCAAUAAAACGAUUGAUGAAAAUACUAGACAUGAGCUGGGAGAGCAUAUGGACAUAAAAAGCUGUGCUUCGAAUGACCCACUGGAAAAUAAGGUAUUCAUCAGAAAAACUGAAAAAUAUGUACCCAAAGCCGACCAAAUUCUGUCCUUACUGAUAAAGGUAAACGAAUUACCUGUUGCCAUUAAAGAUGCUAUAAUCGAACUUCAGAGAUCCGGAGCAGUAAAAAGUGUCUUACGAAAAUACACCACUCCUUUACGAUCCAUAUUGAAGAUAGACAGCUCCGUACGCUUUUCAGAAACAUUUACAGGAAAUGAGGAUGAAAUCAAUCAACGAUGGUUAUGGCACGAGCUUCAAACACAUUAUAUUACCCAGGACGAAACGACUAAACGCCUAUCAGAGGUGAUUUUCAGCAAGAAGGUAGACAAACGCUUAUUGCAAAACAAAUCCGGUGAAACAAGUUUUCCUCGGUUUAUCGAAGAGUCUGAUUUGAGAAGCUUUUUUGAAUGCCUUGUAAUAUGCACCGACCAGCCUGACAAACUCUCCUCACUGAGAGAUAACAUUACAGAAUCGGUUGUGGGGAAGUGGGUUCAUGAAAGGGAUCGUGGCUUGGUUAGUGAUAAAGCAAAAUUUCAUGUAGUAUUUGAAAAAGAAUUUGAAAACUGGCACAUGGUUACAAAUCUGGAAGGAAAUCAGAAACCUUUUUUGAGCAGCUACGAAGGGAAUAUGUGUGUUCAAAUGAUAAAGGCAGAAGUGCGUAGGCUUCUUCAAAAGGUUACAGCAGCAGAUUUCAGUAGUUAUGUGGAACGUACGCUAACCUCACAAAACGGACAGAAAGAAUUCACAGAAGAUGGAUUUAUUUCAAAGCUGGAGCAACUGUAUGAUCAGAAUAGGUACAUACUAGUAGGGAAACCAGGCACGGGGAAAACAACAUUCAUGAAAAAAAUCACAUAUUCACUACAAACCGAUUACAACAAACACGUGUAUCUGAUUUGCUUAAGUAGGUUGUUCAAAAACUACGAGGGACGCACCGAUAUACUCACACUCGUUAAAUCCGCUUUUUCAAAAUCGAUCCAACAGAUUAUUCAAAACAGUUUGGAAAAUUAUACAAAACAAUGUUUCAUUCUACUAGAUGCUUUCGAUGAGAUUGAUGCUGUGCACCAGGGCACAGCUAUCCAGCUUAUCAAAGAAACGUUCUGCAAAAAUAAUAUUCGGGUUUUCAUAAGUGGCAGAAAUCACGUGAAAGGAACACUCGAGAAAGAAUUGCAAGUUGAGGCAUUAAAUCUUGUUCCAUUAGUUGAGGAUGAGCAGCUGAUGUUUUUGAGAAACUACUGGGACAUCAGUUCUGAAAUAAGUCAGGAAGAUUCCGAAAGAUUUAUAACAUUUGCGGAACGUUUGCUCGAGCUUUUGCAUGACAGUAUUCAAUCUGAAUAUUUCAACUUUACUGGUCUACCUCUAAUGGUUCGAAUGCUUGCAGAAGUCAACAAAGAAAAAUUUGAGCAAUACUGGAGGUCAACAAAUGACCAAAUGAACGAAAUAUUAGAUUUGGAAAACGGAUUCAGUAAAUUGCGUUUGUAUGAAAGUUUCGUUAACAUAUCGUUCAAUAUAUUUAUUAAGAAAAUAAAUAACGAGGAAGGUUACGCAUCAGUUGAUUCAAAAAUUAAGAACUUUUUCAAAAACAAUGUGAACAAGUUUUAUCGUGCCCAUCAGAUAAUUGCUAUUGAACAAUUAAACGUUCCUGAACUACGUGACACAAUGACCAAUAACGAUUAUGAAACACUUCUGGAAAACAUGCAACAAAUAUUGGACGACGGAGAAAAGUCACUAUUAAUCAAUGUUUCGAACAAGAAUCAGUUAGAAUUCACUCACUUAUCGUAUGCAGAAUAUUUCCUUUCGAAAUUUUUGUAUGAGCAUGUGUUAGAUUGGGAAGCGAUAUUAUUCGAUGUUUUGUAUAUACAUGAAGUGGUUCGAACCUUUUAUUUUUCGAUGAUUGAGGAAAAUUGGGAUAACAGUAAAUCGCAAAUGGACGCAAUUAACCGAAUUUGCCACGAAACACCUGAUAUGAUGUAUUUAGUCUGUUCUGAUGGUUACGAAUUAAUUUUAAAAGAGCUCCUGAAGCACCAUAAGGCUAAGCAACUGUUUAAAUAUAGUUGGCAAAGCAAUAAAGCCACACUUCUGCAUGCUGCUGUUCAAUCCAGGAAAGAAAACAUUCUAAAGUUAGUUCUCUGUGAUCACCAAUUUGGCGAUUGUACUUACCACGGAGCAAUCAAUAACAAAACGGAACUAUACGAAUCUGAAAUAGACAUAAAUACCCCAGAUUCAGAGGGAGCUUUACCAAUUCAUUACGCUGUAUCUGAUGGGAACGAACCGUUUGUGAAGAUGCUUGCGCAACAUGGUGCUGACAAAUGUAUUAAUGCUCAAGACUACUACGGAAAUAGCCCUCUACAUAUAGCUGCCAGAACGGGGGAUGCGGGAAUAUUCAAGCUGUUAAUCAAAAAAUACUUAGCAGAUUACGAAAUUGCCAAUGCAGACGGACAAACUCUUAUUCAUUUGGCGGCCGCAGGAGAAAACAUGGAAAUUGUACAGACGCUUAUAGGUGACUAUGCGGCUGAUGUCAAUGCGCAAGACAACGAUGGAGAUACACCUCUCCUUCUCGCUGCAAAAAAAUAUGAGUGGGAGAUGGUCAAGAUGUUGAUUGACAAAGAUUCCAAGUAUUCUGCAGACUACAAAAUUGUCAAUAAAUUCGGAUCAACUCUUAUGCAUUUGGCAGCCGCAAGAGGUAACAUGAAUAUUAUUCAGAUGCUUAUAGAUGACUAUGCGGCUGAUGUCAAUGCGCAAGACAACGAUGGAAAUACUCCUCUCCUUCUUGCCGCCACAAAUCGAAGUUGGGAGAUGGUCAAGAUGUUGAUUGACAAAGAUUCCAAAUAUGCUGCAGACUACAAAAUUGCCAAUAAAGCCGGACAAGCUCUUAUUCAUUUUGCGGCAACAGGAGGCAAUAUAGAAAUUGUACAGAUGCUUAUAGAAAACUAUGCGGCUGAUGUCAAUGCGCAAGACAACGAUGGAAAUACUCCUCUACAUGAUGCUGCCCAGUAUAGUACGCGGGAAAUGGUCAAGAAGUUGAUUGUUGCGUAUUCUAUGGACUACAAAAUUGUCAAUAAAUUUGGAAAAUCUCUUAUCCAUUCUGCAGCCGCAGGCGGAAAAUUGGAAACAGUAAAGAUGCUUAUAGAUGACUAUGCGGCUGAUGUCAAUGUGCAAGACAGCGAUGGAAAUACUCCUCUACAUGAUGCUGCCCAGUAUAGUACGCGGGAAAUGGUCAAGAAGUUGAUUGUUGCGUAUUCUAUGGACUACAAAAUUGUCAAUAAAUUCGGAUCAACUCUUAUGCAUUUGGCAGCCGCAGGCGGAAAAUUGGAAACAGUAAAGAUGCUUAUAGAUGACUAUGCGGCUGAUGUCAAUGUGCAAGACAGCGAUGGAAAUACUCCUCUACAUGAUGCUGCCCAGUAUAGUACGCGGGAAAUGGUCAAGAAGUUGAUUGUUGCGUAUUCUAUGGACUACAAAAUUGUCAAUAAAUUUGGAAAAUCUCUUAUCCAUUCUGCAGCCGCAGGCGGAAAAUUGGAAACAGUAAAGAUGCUUAUAGAUGACUAUGCGGCUGAUGUCAAUGUGCAAGACAGCGAUGGAAAUACUCCUCUACAUGAUGCUGCCCAGUAUAGUACGCGGGAAAUGGUCAAGAAGUUGAUUGUUGCGUAUUCUAUGGACUACAAAAUUGUCAAUAAAUUUGGAAAAUCUCUUAUCCAUUCUGCAGCCGCAGGCGGAAAAUUGGAAACAGUAAAGAUGCUUAUAGAUGACUAUGCGGCUGAUGUCAAUGUGCAAGACAGCGAUGGAAAUACUCCUCUACAUGAUGCUGCCCAGUAUAGUACGCGGGAAAUGGUCAAGAAGUUGAUUGUUGCGUAUUCUAUGGACUACAAAAUUGUCAAUAAAUUCGGAUCAACUCUUAUGCAUUUGGCAGCCGCAGGCGGAAAAUUGGAAACAGUAAAGAUGCUUAUAGAUGACUAUGCGGCUGAUGUCAAUGUGCAAGACAGCGAUGGAAAUACUCCUCUACAUGAUGCUGCCCAGUAUAGUACGCGGGAAAUGGUCAAGAAGUUGAUUGUUGCGUAUUCUAUGGACUACAAAAUUGUCAAUAAAUUUGGAAAAUCUCUUAUCCAUUCUGCAGCCGCAGGCGGAAAAUUGGAAACAGUAAAGAUGCUUAUAGAUGACUAUGCGGCUGAUGUCAAUGUGCAAGACAGCGAUGGAAAUACUCCUCUACAUGAUGCUGCCCAGUAUAGUACGCGGGAAAUGGUCAAGAAGUUGAUUGUUGCGUAUUCUAUGGACUACAAAAUUGUCAAUAAAUUUGGAAAAUCUCUUAUCCAUUCUGCAGCCGCAGGCGGAAAAUUGGAAACAGUAAAGAUGCUUAUAGAUGACUAUGCGGCUGAUGUCAAUGUGCAAGACAGCGAUGGAAAUACUCCUCUACAUGAUGCUGCCCAGUAUAGUACGCGGGAAAUGGUCAAGAAGUUGAUUGUUGCGUAUUCUAUGGACUACAAAAUUGUCAAUAAAUUUGGAAAAUCUCUUAUCCAUUCUGCAGCCGCAGGCGGAAAAUUGGAAACAGUAAAGAUGCUUAUAGAUGACUAUGCGGCUGAUGUCAAUGUGCAAGACAGCGAUGGAAAUACUCCUCUACAUGAUGCUGCCCAGUAUAGUACGCGGGAAAUGGUCAAGAAGUUGAUUGUUGCGUAUUCUAUGGACUACAAAAUUGUCAAUAAAUUCGGAUCAACUCUUAUGCAUUUGGCAGCCGCAGGCGGAAAAUUGGAAACAGUAAAGAUGCUUAUAGAUGACUAUGCGGCUGAUGUCAAUGUGCAAGACAACGAUGGAAAUACUCCUCUACAUGAUGCUGCCCAGUAUAGUACGCAGGAAAUGGUCAAGAAGUUGAUUGUUGCGUAUUCUAUGGACUACAAAAUUGUCAAUAAAUUUGGAAAAUCUCUUAUCCAUUCUGCAGCCGCAGGCGGAAAAUUGGAAACAGUAAAGAUGCUUAUAGAUGACUAUGCGGCUGAUGUCAAUGUGCAAGACAGCGAUGGAAAUACUCCUCUACAUGAUGCUGCCCAGUAUAGUACGCGGGAAAUGGUCAAGAAGUUGAUUGUUGCGUAUUCUAUGGACUACAAAAUUGUCAAUAAAUUUGGAAAAUCUCUUAUCCAUUCUGCAGCCGCAGGCGGAAAAUUGGAAACAGUAAAGAUGCUUAUAGAUGACUAUGCGGCUGAUGUCAAUGUGCAAGACAGCGAUGGAAAUACUCCUCUACAUGAUGCUGCCCAGUAUAGUACGCGGGAAAUGGUCAAGAAGUUGAUUGUUGCGUAUUCUAUGGACUACAAAAUUGUCAAUAAAUUUGGAAAAUCUCUUAUCCAUUCUGCAGCCGCAGGCGGAAAAUUGGAAACAGUAAAGAUGCUUAUAGAUGACUAUGCGGCUGAUGUCAAUGUGCAAGACAGCGAUGGAAAUACUCCUCUACAUGAUGCUGCCCAGUAUAGUACGCGGGAAAUGGUCAAGAAGUUGAUUGUUGCGUAUUCUAUGGACUACAAAAUUGUCAAUAAAUUCGGAUCAACUCUUAUGCAUUUGGCAGCCGCAGGCGGAAAAUUGGAAACAGUAAAGAUGCUUAUAGAUGACUAUGCGCCUGAUGUCAAUGUGCAAGACAACGAUGGAAAUACUCCUCUACAUGAUGCUGCCCAGUAUAGUACGCAGGAAAUGGUCAAGAAGUUGAUUGUUGCGUAUUCUAUGGACUACAAAAUUGUCAAUAAAUUUGGAAAAUCUCUUAUCCAUUCUGCAGCCGCAGGCGGAAAAUUGGAAACAGUAAAGAUGCUUAUAGAUGACUAUGCGGCUGAUGUCAAUGUGCAAGACAGCGAUGGAAAUACUCCUCUACAUGAUGCUGCCCAGUAUAGUACGCGGGAAAUGGUCAAGAAGUUGAUUGUUGCGUAUUCUAUGGACUACAAAAUUGUCAAUAAAUUUGGAAAAUCUCUUAUCCAUUCUGCAGCCGCAGGCGGAAAAUUGGAAACAGUAAAGAUGCUUAUAGAUGACUAUGCGGCUGAUGUCAAUGUGCAAGACAGCGAUGGAAAUACUCCUCUACAUGAUGCUGCCCAGUAUAGUACGCGGGAAAUGGUCAAGAAGUUGAUUGUUGCGUAUUCUAUGGACUACAAAAUUGUCAAUAAAUUCGGAUCAACUCUUAUGCAUUUGGCAGCCGCAGGCGGAAAAUUGGAAACAGUAAAGGUGCUUAUAGAUGACUAUGCGGCUGAUGUCAAUGUGCAAGACAACGAUGGAAAUACUCCUCUACAUGAUGCUGCCCAGUAUAGUACGCGGGAAAUGGUCAAGAAGUUGAUUGUUGCGUAUUCUAUGGACUACAAAAUUGUCAAUAAAUUUGGAAAAUCUCUUAUCCAUUCUGCAGCCGCAGGCGGAAAAUUGGAAACAGUAAAGAUGCUUAUAGAUGACUAUGCGGCUGAUGUCAAUGUGCAGGACAGCGAUGGAAAUACUCCUCUACAUGAUGCUGCCCAGUAUAGUACGCGGGAAAUGGUCAAGAAGUUGAUUGUUGCGUAUUCUAUGGACUACAAAAUUGUCAAUAAAUUCGGAUCAACUCUUAUGCAUUUGGCAGCCGCAGGCGGAAAAUUGGAAACAGUAAAGAUGCUUAUAGAUGACUAUGCGGCUGAUGUCAAUGUGCAAGACAACGAUGGAAAUACUCCUCUACAUGAUGCUGCCCAGUAUAGCGGAAAAUUGGAAACAGUAAAGAUGCUUAUAGAUGACUAUGCGGCUGAUGUCAAUGUGCAAGACAACGAUGGAAAUACUCCUCUACAUGAUGCUGCCCAGUAUAGCGGAAAAUUGGAAACAGUAAAGAUGCUUAUAGAUGACUAUGCGGCUGAUGUCAAUGUGCAAGACAACGAUGGUAAUACUCCUCUUCAUUAUGCUGCCCAGUAUAGCGGAAAAUUGGAAACAGUAAAGAUGCUUAUAGAUGACUAUGCGGCUGAUGUCAAUGUGCAAGACAACGAUGGAAAUACUCCUCUACAUGAUGCUGCCCAGUAUAGUACGCGGGAAAUGGUCAAGAAGUUGAUUGUUGCGUAUUAUAUGGACUACAAAAUUGUCAAUAAAUUCGGAUCAACUCUUAUGCAUUUGGCAGCCGCAAGAGGUAACAUGAAAAUUAUUCAGAUGCUUAUAGAUGACUAUGCUGUUGAUGUCAAUGCGCAAGACUUUGAUGGUAAUACUCCUCUUCAUUAUGCUGCCCAGUAUAGUACACGGGAAAUGGUCAAGAAGUUGAUUGUUGCGUAUUCUAUGGACUACAAAAUUGUCAAUAAAUUUGGAAAAUCUCUUAUCCAUUCUGCAGCCGCAGGCGGAAAAUUGGAAACAGUAAAGAUGCUUAUAGAUGACUAUGCGGCUGAUGUCAAUGUGCAAGACAACGAUGGUAAUACUCCUCUUCAUUAUGCUGCCCAGUAUAGCGGAAAAUUGGAAACAGUAAAGAUGCUUAUAGAUGACUAUGCGGCUGAUGUCAAUGUGCAAGACAACGAUGGAAAUACUCCUCUACAUGAUGCUGCCCAGUAUAGUAACAUGAAAAUUAUUCAGAUGCUUAUAGAUGACUAUGCUGUUGAUGUCAAUGCGCAAGACUUUGAUGGUAAUACUCCUCUUCAUUAUGCUGCCCAGUAUAGCGGAAAAUUGGAAACAGUAAAGAUGCUUAUAGAUGACUAUGCGGCUGAUGUCAAUGUGCAAGACAACGAUGGAAAUACUCCUCUACAUGAUGCUGCCCAGUAUAGUACGCGGGAAAUGGUCAAGAUGUUGAUUGUUGCGUAUUAUAUGGACUACAAAAUUGUCAAUAAAUUCGGAUCAACUCUUAUGCAUUUGGCAGCCGCAAGAGGUAACAUGAAAAUUAUUCAGAUGCUUAUAGAUGACUAUGCUGUUGAUGUCAAUGCGCAAGACUUUGAUGGUAAUACUCCUCUUCAUUAUGCUGCCCAGUAUAGCACACGGGAAAUGGUCAAGAAGUUGAUUGUUGCGUAUUCUAUGGACUACAAAAUUGUCAAUAAAUUCGGAUCAACUCUUAUGCAUUUGGCAGCCGCAAGAGGUAACAUGAAAAUUAUUCAGAUGCUUAUAGAUGACUAUGCUGUUGAUGUCAAUGCGCAAGACUUUGAUGGUAAUACUCCUCUUCAUUAUGCUGCCCAGUAUAGUACACGGGAAAUGGUCAAGAAGUUGAUUGUUGCGUAUUCUAUGGACUACAAAAUUGUCAAUAAAUUUGGAAAAUCUCUUAUCCAUUCUGCAGCCGCAGGCGGAAAAUUGGAAACAGUAAAGAUGCUUAUAGAUGACUAUGCGGCUGAUGUCAAUGUGCAAGACAACGAUGGAAAUACUCCUCUACAUGAUGCUGCCCAGUAUAGUAACAUGAAAAUUAUUCAGAUGCUUAUAGAUGACUAUGCUGUUGAUGUCAAUGCGCAAGACUUUGAUGGUAAUACUCCUCUUCAUUAUGCUGCCCAGUAUAGCACACGGGAAAUGGUCAAGAAGUUGAUUGUUGCGUAUUCUAUGGACUACAAAAUUGUCAAUAAAUUUGGAAAAUCUCUUAUCCAUUCUGCAGCCGCAGACGGAAAAUUGGAAACAGUUAAGAUGCUUAUAGAUGGCUAUGCAGCUGAUGUCAAUGCGCAAGACAACGAUGGAAAUACUCCUCUCCUUCUUGCUGCCAAAAAUGAUGAGUGGGAGAUGGUCAAGAUGUUGAUUGACAAAGAUUCCAAAUAUUCUGCAGACUACAACAUUGCCAAUAAAGACGGACAAACUCUUAUUCAUUUGGCAGCCGAAGUAGAUGAUAUAGAAAUUGUACAGAUGCUUAUAGACGACUAUGCGGCUGAUGUCAAUGCACAAGACAAUGAUGGAAAUACUCCUCUUCAUCUUGCCAUCACUACGGGUGAGUGUCAACGGGUCAAGAUGUUAAUUGAUAACCAUCGCGCAAAUCUCUAUGCAGCUAACAAUUACGGCCAAACUCUUUCUCACGCAGCUGCCAUGCACGGCCAGUGGGAUAUUGUAGAGAUGCUUCUCGCCGAUUUUUCGUUAGAUGUCAACUGUCCAGAUGAGAACGGGCAGACUCUUCUGCAUUUGGCAGCUGAACUUAACGAUUUGGAUGCUGUGAAAAUGCUUGUAAAUGGCUACUCGGCGGAUACCAAUUACACUGACAAUAGAGGACGGACCCCCUUGAAGGUGGCAGCAAGAUGUGGGAACAUAAAAGUUGUAGACGAGCUGAUAAAAGUUAUGGAAUGGUCCCUUAUUCUAGAGGCAUUUGGUUUGUAACUACAGAGACUUACAGGGCUGCUCCGCAGCCACAGUGGCUCCCAAUUACACCCGGAAACAAGCUCAGUAGCAUGAGACCCCUCGAGCUGGGUCUCAGGGCCGGCAUGCUACUCGGUAAUUGGAGGGACUUCGCGGACUACGUAUGAAAACCAAAGAAGAUUCACAUUUGUAACCGUUGUUACAAGCUUCAAAUAGUUUCAGGGCUGUUACAAAAUUUCCAAAAUAUCAUCCGCGAAAUUCGCGACUUCUGAAAUAAAAUCCGCGACUCGGAAAACAAAUCCGCGACAUGAACAUAAAUAUUCAAAUUUCAAAUAAAACCAGAUGACAUGUUUUAAGGAAUCGUUGAUCCUCUGAAAUUGUCAAAAACAGCAAUGUAAAGUGGGAUACGAUUUCUCACACUAUGUACUGAAAAGUUUGAUCUCUUGGUUUCAACAACGAUUUUUCAAUAAGACCUAUUUUUUUUUGUCAAUCUCUGUUUGUGAUAUUACAGAAAGUGUAUUGAGAUUUCCAAAGAUUAAGGAACAACCAUGUCUCUUGUUUAUCGGGUGAAGAAUGCCAGUUAUCUCAGUAACAUGUUUAUCACUGAAAUACCGGAUGAGAAAAAAAGAAUAAG